CCCCGCACCGCCGCUCUGCGCCGCUGCGGCUGCCCGGCGCCUGCGCCGACUGCACAUCGCUCCGCCUCGCAGACCUGCUCCUGCUUCUUGUUCCGGCGUCCCUCUUCUGCUGUGCUGCUCCUCUUCAGGCCCGUCCCCACCCCGGGGCUGCUCUGCUCUGCUCCUCGAGGCCAUUGUUCCGCUGCGCAGCGCAAAAGUGGAGCCAUAAACGUAAAAUGCCGGAAAUGCGAAAAGCAAAAAGCAAAAAAGGAAAAACAGGCAGAUUAUGUAAGCCGCUACAGAUUACGUAAUGUCUUACGUAAGUUUGCGGUCACGUGCGAGGUGGCGAUCCCUCGUUUGCCGUCCAGACAGAAAUGGAGCUUCUGUCGGAUUCAUGUGGUCAACAAACCGGGCCGAAAACAGAAGCCAGGUGCUCCAGAAGAGCAGCAGUAGUGGUACAGGCCAGCGUUACCGACCCCCACGUAACCGCUCGCGAUGUCGGCAGUCUCAAAAGCGUUCCAAGUGAACGAUGACGCGGUCAAACACCUCCUCAGACAGGUGGUGUACAUGUUCUACCCCCACCAGUCGAUCAUCAUCAUGGAGGCGAUUCUCUUCCACAACGUGCUGUUUGAGGACGACCUCAUCAAGCUCUGCUGCAUGCACAAGAAGGUGUUUCGGUCGUUCUGCAACAAGCUCAUGGAGGACAAGUUGAUUGUGGCGCACACGCAAAAGGAGGAGACGCAGCCCUACAAGUUGUUCACCAGAACAUACUACUACGUGCACAGCAUCGAGGCGAUCGACUCCAUCAAGUGGAAGAUCCACACGAUUGUCAAGCACGUCAAGGAGGAGAUCGGCAACUUCUCCGAGCCGCAGGGCUACAUCUGCCCCACCUGCCACCACAAAUACACGCUUCUCGACGCAGCGUCCCUCUUGACGGACGACCGGCUCAACUUCGAGUGCUCCAUCUGCGGCGACUACUUGAUCGACGACGACAUCUCCCAGGAGCAGAAAAAGGGCCAGGAGAAGUUGGAGCGCCUCAUGUCUCUUGUCGAGCCCAUCAUCAAGUACCUCAAGAUUGUCGACGACUUGAAGAUCGAGGACAACAACUUCGACACAACCCUCAUCAAGUACGUCCCGGCCUUCUCCGACUCCUUGGCCCUCUACUCCGUCUCCACGAGAACCUCCGCCCGCCGCAAGAAGUUGGAGAACAACAACACAAACCUCAGCGACGCAAGCAAGCGCUCCCAGGCCACCAUCCACGUCUCCAUCACCGCCGACGACGAGGACCUCAAGCGGGAAAGACAGAAGAGAGAGGACCGGAACAAAAAGCUCAGGCAAAACGCCCUACCCUCCUGGCAUCAAGAGUCGACUGUCGGCAAGGCAGCCUUGGGGAGACUGGAUCUCGAAGAGGAAGAGGACGAGGAUGCAGAUCUCAUCCAACAGCAGGACCAAGAGAACCCUGCAAACCCUGCACAGCCUGAUAACGACGAUGGCACAACUACCACUUCUGCAACCACCGCUAAUACCAUUCAAGACAACUCGACUCUAAUAAACUCCACAGAUGGUACAAACGUAGCCGUAAAGGGAGAAAAUGGCCAACAAGCGCCAGAUUCUUCGACCUCACCGGUCAAGACAGAACAACCUGCAAUUUCAGAUACCGACUCUACCAUGCAGCUCCCAGUAAAAGCUGAACAGACAGCAGAGCCUUCCAACACUGCUCCGAUGGCUUCGGUGCAAAUGAAGGAAGAAAGUGCUGCAGGCUCGUCUACAAAGCCUUCGACCGCUUCCACCUUCAUGUCCACAACCUCCGACAAAACCGCCGUACCUGCUUCAGCCACGGAAGGAACAACAGCAGAGGAACUGGAUGCAUUAUCUGCAUACUACUCUCAAUUGCGCCAGAGACAGGCUGCUGAAGAAGAAGAGGAAGAGGACGAGGACGAAGAAGAGGAAGAAGAAGACAAUGCGGACGGCAUGGACAUCGACGCUAUCGACGAAGAAGAUGUAGAUAACAUGGAUGCUUUCAACGACGAGGCCGAAAACGGCACCGCAGAGGCGGUAAAACCAACACAGACGACCGACACUACUGACGUGAAGCCCACUGCCGACGACACAAAACAGGCCGACGACUCAAUCAACAAAGAUGACCUAGAUGAAGAAGAUUUCGAUCUGGAUAUGUUUGCCAGUGACGAAGACUAAACUUUUGCUAAUACAGAAAAGAAAACCCUAGUAUAUGUAUGUAUAAUUUAUCUAUACUUCUACCCAAAAAAUCAAAAAUACUGUAACCAUAAAAGCUCUACCUGCUACCUACUCCCACCUUCCUUGCUUUCAGAAGUACCCACCAGUCAGCUCUCCUGAUAUAUCUGUACCGACCCUUUGCAGGUGAAUCUCAUUUUCUUUAUCAUCAAUGCUGUUUAGCUUUUUUCCCGGAAGUAGAAUGGACCUAUCAAUAGCAUUUGGCAAGUCUCUAUGACGACCUCUUAGCAUAGCUACCAUGAUUACCAGCUUUGAGAUAGCAUGAAACUCUCCACAGAAUGAUGCAAAAGACCCCGGGUAACCUAAAGUCAACCCAACAGUACCAUAAGCAGACACAACCUCAAAUAUUACCCUGAAAAUAUCAAAAUCAAUAUCGCCGGCAUCGAGAUGCUGUCCUUCAAC